CACCAUUCCAUGAUAAUACCACCACAAACAAAAGCUGUUUUCCGUUCCAACUUUCACCGUUAUUUUCUCAUUAUUAGUAUUACUCAUUCUCACACACUCCCACUACUACUCAACCACUUAACAUAACACCGCUCCCAUUUCAACCUCUUCAAAUUCUCCAACACCGUUACAGCCACCACACCAAAUAAUACCGUUAACUUAACAACCGUUGUUAAAACUCACCAUCAUAAAAACCCACUUUUCUCUCUUUUUCAUCUCUACAUUCUUCUCUUACUUUCUUUAUCUCAGAUCUACAUUUUCAAACAACCAAAAGUAACAUUAAGCUUAUCCCAGAAGUGCUUAUCGUAGAAGUGCUUAUUGCAGAAGUGAAAAAACAUGAAGUUUCUUGAUGUUACAUGUUUUGUUAUAUGCUUACUGUGUUUGUGGAGAGGAAAUUGUGAGCCUGUUGAAGAUAAAGAGGUUUUGCUUGAUUUUAUGAAAAAGUUUCCACCUUCAAGGACACUGAAUUGGAAUGAGAGUUUCUCUGUUUGUGAUAAUUGGACUGGUGUAACUUGCAAUGGUGAUAAGUCUAGGGUUAUAGCGAUUCGGUUACCGGGUGUUGGAUUUCAUGGAAAUAUUCCACCUGAUACUAUUAGUAAGCUUGCAGAGCUUCAGAUUUUGAGUCUUAGAUCCAAUUUCAUAACUGGGGUUUUUCCUGCUGAUUUUUCUAAUUUGAAAAAUUUGUCUUUUCUUUAUCUUCAGUUUAACAAUUUGUCUGGGCCUUUGCCUGAUUUUUCAGCUUGGAAGAAUCUUACUGUUGUUAAUUUGUCUAGUAAUAGAUUCAAUGGGAGUAUUCCUGUUUCGCUUUCGAAUUUGACUCAGCUUACUGGUUUGAACCUUGCGAACAAUGAUCUUUCUGGUGAUAUUCCUGAUCUGAAUUUGUCGAGGUUGCAGACGCUGAAUUUGUCUAACAAUGAUUUACAUGGCACUGUGCCGAGAUCGUUAAGGAGGUUUCCUGAUUCGGCGUUUUUUGGGAAUAAUGUAACUCUUGGAGAUUAUACCGUUGUUCCGCCCGUGCCUUCGCCGGUUUAUGUUGCGUCUUCGCCAUCGGAGAAACGCGGGAGGCUAAGUGAAGCGGCGCUGCUUGGAAUUAUUGUUGUUGGGAGUUUUCUUGGGCUUGUGGCAUUUGGUUUUUUGAUGUUUGUGUGCUGCUGUGCUAGAAAAAAGGAUGAUGAUUAUGAUGAUGAUGCGUUUGUUGGAAAGUCGAAUAAGGGGAAAAUGUCUCCGGAGAAAGCAGUUUCGAGGAACAUGGAUGCUAAUAAUAAACUGACUUUCUUCGAGGGAUGUAAUUAUGCAUUUGAUUUGGAGGAUUUAUUGAGAGCUUCCGCCGAGGUAUUAGGAAAGGGAAUGUUUGGUACUGCUUACAAGGCGAUUCUUGAGGACGCGACAGCGGUUGUUGUGAAGAGAUUGAAGGAGGUUGCCUUUGGAAAGAAGGAUUUUGAGCAAUACAUGGAGAUUGUUGGAAGUCUUAAACAUGAGAAUGUGGUUGAGCUGAAAGCUUAUUAUUAUUCGAAAGACGAGAAACUGAUGGUAUACGAUUACUACAGUCAGGGGAGUGUCUCUUCAUUGUUGCAUGGGAAAAGAGGAGAAGAGAAGGUGCCUUUAGAUUGGGAUACUCGGUUGAGAAUCGCUUUAGGUGCAGCAAGAGGCAUUGCUCACAUCCAUGUUGAGAAUAGCGGUAAACUUGUACACGGAAACAUCAAGUCUUCGAAUAUCUUUCUCAAUACUAAGCAAUACGGUUGUGUAUCUGAUCUUGGUCUAGCAUCCAUAUCAACGUCCCUCGCAUUACCAAUCUCACGAGCAGCAGGUUACCGAGCACCAGAAGUUACAGACACGAGGAAAGCAGCGCAACCUUCAGAUGUUUACAGCUUCGGCGUGGUGUUACUAGAGCUUCUAACAGGGAAAUCACCUAUCCAUUCAACAGGUGGUGAGGAGUUUGUCCACUUGGUGAGAUGGGUUCAUUCGGUGGUGCGAGAGGAGUGGACGGCCGAAGUAUUUGACUUAGAGUUGAUGAGAUAUCCAAAUAUAGAAGAAGAGAUGGUUGAGAUGUUGCAGAUAGCUAUGUCGUGUGUGGUAAGGAUGCCUGAUCAGAGACCUAAGAUGUCAGAAGUUGUGAAGAUGAUAGAAAAUGUGAGACUGACUGAUAAUACACAGACUCGAGCAUCAUCUGAGAACCAAGCAGAAGUUAGAUUAUCAUCUCAAAGCGAGACCGAUAACGAGAACAUUAACUCCACUUCUUCCCCUUUGCCGAAAGGAAGUGAAUGAAAACAAAGUAAAGUUGUUGACAUUUAUUUCAUUUGAUUAAUGUAUCUGUUCCACGUUCUGAACAAGAACAAGAUGAUUAACCAUUAUUAUUUUUUCAAAUUAUUUGAAGUUUCUUGAAUUCGCACCUGCUCGGUGCUACAGUCAGCUGGUUACAAUAUCAGGCAUUUCUUUGUAUGUUUUUGUGUGUAUGUCAUUAGUUAUUAACGUGAAGAUUUCUUAACCAA